GGUUUUUAGUGACGGAAAUAAGUGGGCUGCUGCAGCCUGGCAAGAGCUAAAUGGUGGCCGUGCACUACAGCUGCUGGAUGGAGCCGCUUUCUUGGGGACGAGGCCGGGCUUCGUGUCUGAGCGCGGUCGGGAGAGUUAUUCCAAAAGUGCAUGGCGGCUGAAGUCUUCUUCCACCUUGGAGGUACUUUAUUUUUAAAGGCAUUUAAUCAUACAUUUUGGAUGGAAACUGCAAAUGCUGAUGAUGUCAAAAAAUCUUCAAAAAGAAAGACAGCUCCAAAUAAAGAAAUUGACUGGGUGGAACCAUCUUUUAUUGAUUUCUGUGAGACUGCAAAACUGUCAUCCAGUGUUCACCAUAAAAAAUCGCUCACAGAUACUGACAAUUAUCACAAGAGCAAAGAGCAUUUUCCUCUGCUUGAAAAUUACAAGUGUGGGAGAAAAAUAAGAAAACCGCUUUCUGUAGAUGAGAAAUAUAAACACUUCAAACAAAAUCACAGCCAAAUUGAACCAUGGGUAGAUAAAUACAAACCAAAAACUCAGAGUGAUCUGGUCAUACACAAGAAAAAAAUUGAAGAAGUUGAAAGAUGGUUAAAAGAUCACAUGUUUCAAAAUCAGCCAAGAAAGGGAGGCUCCAUCCUAGUGUUAACUGGCCCUCCAGGAUGUGGGAAAUCGGCAACUGUGGAAAUAUUAGCCAAGGACCUUGGUAUUCAGAUACAAGAAUGGAUAAAUCCUGUUUCACUAGACUUCAACAAACACGACGACUUUCAAGUUACUUUCAAUCAUGAAUCGGAUUGUAAGAUUCUUCCUUAUCAGAGCCAGACAGCUAUCUUUCAAGAAUUUCUUCUAAGAGCAAACAAAUAUAUCAAGCUUCAGAUGGUUGGAGAGUCCAUGGAAACUGACAAAAGACUUAUUCUUGUGGAAGAUAUGCCAAACCAUUUUUAUCAUGACCCGAGCAGUUUACAUGACAUUCUGAGGAGUUUUUUGCGGACAAGCAGAUGUCCUCUUGUAUUUAUAAUAUCAGACAUUUUCAGCACAGGCAGCAGCCAAAGGUCUCUAUUCCCAAAGGCAAUUCAGGAAGAGCUGUGUAUAGCAACCAUUAGUUUUAACCCAGUGGCACCAACACUGAUGAUGAAAGCCCUUAAUCGAAUAAUUACAGGGGAGAUCAGUAUGAGAAGUGAUAAAAUUGAUGUCCCUGACAAAACCUUAUUAGAACUGAUUUGCAGUGGAUGUUCAGGAGACAUUAGAAGUGCAAUAAACACACUUCAAUUUUCUUCUCUAAAAGAGAGGCCAUCAGACAAAAGCUUAUGGUCACAAAGAAAGAAAAAUUCCGUUUUAAAAUGUAAUACAUCAUCUAAAAUAAAGAAAAAAACCCUAUUCAAUAAUUUUUUAGAGGACCAAGAAAUACCAGCUAUUGGUAGCAAGGAUGUUUCCAUCUUUCUUUUCCAUGCUUUGGGGAAAAUACUUUACUGCAAAAGAGAACCAACUACAGAGAUGGACUUUCCUCGGUUACCUCAUCAUUUAUCAGAAUAUGAACGACAGCCCUUGCUUGUUCAACCUGAGGAUGUCGUAGAAAAAUCACAUAUGCCUGGGGACUUAUUUAAUGUAUACCUUCACCAGAAUUAUUUGGAGUUCUUCUCUGAUAUCGAUGAUAUUGUAAGAGCCAGUGAAUAUUUAAGUACUGCAGAUUUUCUUUGCACUAACUGGGAUGCACGAGCUACACUUCAAAAGUACAGUGCCUCUGUAGCCACAAGAGGUGUGAUGCACUCAAACCGAGCCAGAGCUUUUGCACAAUGCAAAAGAGGAAUGGGCUUUAGACCUCUUCAUAAACCACAAUGGUUCCUAAUUAAUAGAAAGUAUCGAGAAAACUGUUUUGCUGCAAAAUCCCUCUUUUCAAGUUUCUGUUUAUCACCAUUGUGUCUUCAGACUGAGCUAAUACCUUAUCUUACCAUGCUGACUAAUCCAAUGAGAAACCAAGCUCAGAUUACCUUUAUUCAGGAUGUUGGGAAAUUUCCUUUAAGAAAUCACUUUGGAAGGUUGAAACUUGAAACUCUUACCGAUAAAGAUUCUGCAAUACAAAUCCUGGACAAUGAUGAUGAAGAGUUUCCUGAGAAGCAGCCUACAAUUCUGCAUGUCCAGGGGGAGAAAAUAAAAAACAGUGAGGAAAAUGAACUGGAUGAAUUCCUUCCUAAUUCUAGUCAGUGUAAUGAAAAUGAACUACCAGCCAGUCAACCUCAGCCAGUUGCAGCACAAGCAAUAAUGGAAGCAGAUGACCUAAUUAUAGAAGAAUAUGACAGUGAAUAACAUAAAUAGCAAUUCCAAAGCUGUGAUAAUAUUUAAAUUAUAAUUUUACUUUUGUUUCAUAUUUUAUAUUCAAAUGUACAGAAAGAUAGAAAUAGCUUUAUUUCUGCAAGCUGUUAAAAUUUGUCAUUAAUAACAAUUAAUAUGGAGGAAAAUGAGUACAAUCUUUAUAUUUUUAAGCUGAAUACUGAAAAGCUUCAGUUAAAACUCAAGAUUUCACUUCUCAUCCAUACAGAAUAAUGGAAAUAAAUGAGAAGAAAUUUAUUUACUUUGAUAUUUUAUACUUGUAUUUAUCUUGCAGAUACUGAAGGCAUUGUCAACUAUUUUGUUACUGUUUCACAAGUUUAGAUAUAACUUGCGAUGAUGAAACAUUGCACAAAAUGUUUAACCUGGGCUAUGUAAUAUUUAAUAUGUAAAUAAAUCUCUGGAUGCCUUAUUAAUAAAUUGUAUCAUAGUUUCUGAAA